ACGACGGGGGAGUGGGAAGUUCAACAUGGUGGAGCGUUGGAAACCCACCAUGCAGGGGAAAUGGGAGCUCAUCACAAAGGACUGACACCAUUUUUUGGCCGUCUGGUAACGCCCAAAAUAAAACGGUCAGAUAUACAUAUAUGGGAAGGAUAUAAAAUGACAAAGAAAUACAAUACUUUGCUUUGGAGUUUUAUGCCCUUUAACUUAACAAACAUUUUUAAAUUAAGAGUGUGACCGACUGCAUGGAAUUGAAUAAUACGGAAUCACAAUAACGCCUUAAAGUCAUACAAAUAAGGAAUAAAGAAAAACCCUCAGUAGUACUGCUUUAAAAAAAAAUAAAAACAAUCCUAGGUGGAUGGAAUGUGAGAUGGCUUUUAAUGACGACUACGAGCACCCAGAUAGUCUAGAAUAUAUACUCGAAUCUGUUUUGAUGCCAAACGAUGAUAGUUUAGAAUUUAAACAUUUGGCGGAAGAAUACAAUUCUGUUCUUCUUAACCAAUGUUCCUGCCAUGGAGACUGCGAAAAAAGCGAGAUCUGUCCACAUGGAAGUCAAUACGAAAACGCAACGGUGGGCAGGGAACUGCUUCUUAAGAAAUUCUCAAAGCCCGUCGUCGAAUGCAAUGAUCUUUGCAAGUGCAGUAAAAACACCUGCUCCAAUCGCCUUGUGCAGUAUGGACCAAGGAAAAAUCUGGAAAUAUUUGAUUCUCCCGUAUACGGAUCCAAAGGACUCCGCACUAAGGAAAAAAUUCUACGCGGCGCUUUCAUUUGUGAAUAUGCCGGAGAACUUUUGACCACAUCCGAGGCCACAAGACGCUUGAAGAUUAAUGAAGAACUUGGCUGCAUGAACUAUGUCCUGGUUCUAAAUGAAUACACCAGCGAACAGAAGCAACAGGUGACCAUUGUGGAUCCUUCUAGGCGUGGUAACAUAGGACGCUACCUAAACCAUAGCUGUGAGCCAAACUGUCAAAUAGCAGCUGUACGAAUAGACUGUCCCUUGCCGAAAAUAGGUAUUUUUGCAGCACGAGAUAUUCCGGCCUGGGAGGAGUUGUGCUUUCAUUACGGCGGAGAGGGGCAGUACAAAAAGGUAAAUGACGGAAAGACUUGCCUCUGCGCUGCUGCAACUUGCACGGGAUUCAUGCCGAACACUGAAAUCGGGGAGUAA